AUGCUUUCCUUGGCUGCUUGUCUUCUCUUGGUGCCAUGGGUGCAGGCGGCGCUGCAUCACUUGUAUGUGGGCUCUGUUGAUGGUAGCUCGAUAUAUGCGUUGGAGCUUGAGGAUGAGUACAGGACGAUUGAUAUCGUCCAGAACAGUACAGCUGCUGGCGCCGCGUCCGCUCUUGUACUUGACAGGUCAAGGAAGUUUCUGUUCAGCAGCAGACCAUCCGAUGGCACAGUGUCCAGAUACCUCGUGAACCCUGACUACUCGUUGAUACACGAAGGAACAAUGGAUGUUCCCAAGUCUUGCAACACGACCUCAUUCAAAAACAUCAAACUGACAUCCGGCCCGCAACCACCAAGCACGAUCUUCGGCUCCGCAAGCACCGGAUCAUGCAGCGCGAUAUUCUCGACCUCCGUCUCAGGCUACUACCAGCACCGCAGCAGCGACAUCGCGGGCGACGUCCGCAGUCUGGUCUUCAGCCCAGACGGCCACCACCUGCGCGCCCUAGACUUCAAGCGCAACUCCAUCAUGAACUUCAUCAUCCGCGAGGAUACCGACUUCGACGACCUCAACGGCACAGACGUGCUAACCGACGUCACGACCUCCCGCCAGAUCAUCUCGCACCCCGGCGGCCACCGCCUCUACGUCGUCACGCAAGACACCAACGAGCUCAUCGACCUCGCGCUCCUCAGCACCACCGACCGCGUCGAUAGUUCCCUGCCUACGAGGCACCAUACCAUCCUCCCCAAGGACACGAAGCCAGGCGAGUUCUUCACUUCCUCCGUCGCGAUCCCGUCCGCCAACACGACGCUCUGGACGCUCUCGCAGUCGUCCACGCAGGCGCAGAUCACGGUCUUCAAGUUGGAUCCUGUGACGGGGGAGGUGAAGGAGAAGGUCGCGAGGGCUGGGUUCAAGAAUGCGGGCGGGAGUGCGGAGACGGUGACGAGUGCGCUGUCGGCAGCGCCGUUUGGGGGAAAUCUCGUGGCGGUUACGACCUAUCCUGGAGGCAUGGUGGCGGUUAUGGGGCUCGAUGAGACGGGCGGGACGGUGAAGAUUAAGAGCUAUGGGAGGGCGGUCAUCACUCAGGAUGCUGGGUGCUGUGGGGAGGCGGUUUGGGUGAACUGA